GGCCGCUGCGGCCUUCCGGGCACUGAGGGCGGCCCGUGGCGGUGGGGACCGCCGAGCCCGGCCGCCGGCGAACUGGAUGCCAGGGUUAGCUCUAGCAGCCCUCGGCGUCAAGCCCCUGUUCCCGAGUGUCUGAGUGACCUGGGUUGGGGGGAUCGACCCUGGGAAUCUCCGGGUGAGGGGUGCUCGGCCCUGUCCUAAGGGUCCCGGAGUGGGGGAGGGGUCACUUCUGUUUUUGAGGAGCUUUUGGAUGAGGGCUCUUGGCUCUGUGUCGGCGAGCUUGUGGCGUAGGGGCUUGGCCCUGUCCUCUGGGGGCACGAAGUGAGGGGCCUUGUCCCUGUCACCGCUUGGAGAGCCCAGGUGGGCAGCAAGAUUCAGACACGACAGCAGCCGGAUGGAGCACUACCGGAAGGCUGGCUCUGUGGAACUCCCAGCACCUUCCCCGAUGCCCCAGCUACCGCCUGAUACCCUGGAGAUGCGGGUCCGAGAUGGCAGCAAAAUCCGCAACCUGCUGGGCCUGGCGCUGGGGCGGUUGGAGGGCGGCAGUGCUCGGCAUGUGGUGUUCUCAGGUUCUGGCCGGGCUGCAGGCAAGGCUGUCAGCUGUGCUGAGAUUGUCAAGCGGCGGGUACCAGGCCUGCACCAGCUUACCAAGCUGCGCUUCCUGCAGACCGAGGACAGCUGGGUGCCAACCUCACCCGACGCAGGCCUAGAUCCCCUCACGGUACGCCGCCAUGUGCCUGCGGUAUGGGUACUGCUCAGCCGAGAUCCACUGGACCCCAGUGAGUGUGGCUACCAGCCCCCAGGGGCACCCCCUGGCUUGGGCCCCACACCUACCUCCAGCUCUGGCCCCCGACCCCGAAGAAGGGCUCGAGACACCCGGUUUUGAAGACCUGCUGGCAAGCUGUUCGCCAGGCCUGAAUGUCUAGGAUGGCUGGGCCUUCUUUGAGAAGCCUCUGUAACUGCUCAACACCCCCAACAAGACUUGAGUCUACAGAAGUGGGCCUCCCUGUCCUGCUUCCACUUCCCUCUGGCUUGUGGAAAGGGACUGCUAUGAGGAGUGACAGGUGUGGAGUCUCUGCCGGGUUCUGGAUUGCCUUCUACCUACAGUGCCUCUGAUCUCCCUUCUGACAGAGGUCCAAGGAGUGUGUUAGGAAAUAAAUGUUCUGCCCAUUCGUC